CCCCCUCUCUCCUCCUCUCUCUCCUCCUCUCUCUCCUCCCACUCAGACUAUUAGACGUGUCGGUCUGCUCCGUGUCUGAGCCCCGCUCCUCUCCGCGUGUUGUACCCACAUUCAGCACCUCUCAGCACGGACAACACAACAGACUGUCCCGGUCCGUCUCCUGCACGCAGUCCGUAGUUAACUACCCAACUUCCGCCAACAGCAGCUCCUGACGCACCGGGCUGUGGACGACGGACGGAGGGGAUGCUGCUCAACCACGAAACCUGCGAUAUCAAAUAAGUGAAGAGAGUUUUGUUUGGACGGGGGGUGUCAGGAUGGAAGUCUCCACCGCUGCCCGUCCUCCCUCAACCUGCAGGCCGACCUUUGGCGGAGUUUCAGCGGACGAAAACACCUCCGCCGCCGGCCGGGCUCCGAGCCAGGUGCCGGGGAAGAAGCAGGCGGUGAAGAGACACCACCACAAACACAACCUGAAGCACAGGUACGAGUUCCUGGAGACGCUCGGCAAAGGGACCUACGGCAAAGUGAAGAAAGCCAAGGAGAGAUCCGGCAGACUGGUGGCCAUAAAGUCCAUCAGAAAGGAGAAGAUCAAAGAUGAGCAAGACCUGGUUCAUAUCCGCAGAGAAAUAGAGAUCAUGUCCUCGCUGUGCCACCCGCACAUCAUCACCAUAUAUGAAGUGUUUGAAAACAAGGACAAAAUUGUGAUUGUGAUGGAGUACGCCAGCAGAGGGGACCUGUACGACUACAUCUGUGACAAGAAACGCAUCUCUGAGCGGGAGGCCAAACACUUCUUCAGACAAAUAGUAUCAGCUGUACACUACUGUCAUCAGAAUGGAAUAGUACACCGGGACCUGAAACUGGAGAAUAUUUUACUAGAUGGCAACGGCAAUGUUAAGAUCGCAGAUUUCGGCCUGUCAAACCUUUACCGUGGCGACGAGUAUCUUCAAACCUUCUGUGGCAGUCCUCUCUAUGCCUCCCCAGAGAUUGUCAAUGGUCGGCCGUACCGUGGGCCAGAGGUGGACACUUGGUCUCUUGGUGUGUUGUUGUAUACUAUGGUUCAUGGCACCAUGCCAUUUGAUGGAAACAACCACAAGAUGUUGGUCCAGCAGAUCAGCACAGGAAACUACCGGAAACCCAUUAACCCCUCAGAUGCAUGUGGGCUUAUCCGUUGGAUGCUCAUGGUGAAUCCUGAGCGCAGAGCCACAAUAGAAGAGAUUGCCGGACACUGGUGGCUCAACUGGGGUUACCAGCAGCCUUUACUGGCAGAGACAAAGAGCAGCACAGCAGAGCAGACCUCCUCGACAGUCUCUCCAUCCACAUCACACCCUGCGGGGCUGGCCGGCGUCGCUAGUUGGCUGCGUCGCACAUCCAGGCCUUUGCUUGAGAACGGCUCCAAGAUGCGCUGCCUGCUCCGCUCGCAGGCUGGUGGAGGAGGGGACGUAGUGCGGCAGCGCUCCCUGCGAAGGUCGCGAAAGGAAAACAACAUCUCCCAGACCGUUCACGAAGGCGGCACAGACAGUCGUCCCUCAAAGGGAAUUCUAAAGAGACGCAACAGUGUGAAACAGAAAGCGAUGAGCGAAACCCCAGUCCCAGGUCCAGUGGAGCCGCCAAAUAUUUUGGGCUUGUCCGCACCAUCUACUGCCCCUUCAGCUGAGUUAAUGCCUCGCAAAGGUAUCCUGAAAAAGCCCACCGAGCAAGAGUCAGGAUACUACUCGUCCUCUCCUGAGAACAGUGACUCUGGCUUGGUACCAAAAACUAAACAGUGCCCUUCAGCGCCAACCUACAGGAAGGGCAUCCUCAAGCGAAAUGGAAAGUUCUCCACAGGCGGGCUGCAGGAGUUUGGCUCUCUGGACCAGCUGGCAGCCUCUUUACCGCAUGGGGACGGCAGGUCGAGACCAAGUGGGGCCAUCAGCGAGGACAGCAUUCUGUCCUCAGAGUCCUUUGACCAGCUGGAUCUGCCGGACCGUGUGGGACCGUCCACACAGAUGGACAAACCAGCCAAGGCCAGCAUGAGAGGGAGUGUGUCUGCGGACAACCUGCUGGAUAUCCAGGAAGACGGGAUUCUUGGGGAUGGGCUGCGGCGGCCCUGGAACUGCUACUAUGAGCCCGGAGUGGCCGACAGCGCCUUCUCCAUCACUGACUGCGAUAAUGUAACGGAGGCAUACAAACAGGCCAUGGUUAUACGAGGCUCCGCAGCAAGCUGAAGACCCACCAUUAGCAAAGGACGCUGACUAAAGAAUUGUCUUUUCGUUCAGUAUUUUUAUGACAUGACUCAACUACUGAAGACAUGACAGCUAAAGUGCAACAUGCGAAACUACCAGCGCGUUAAAUCGUUUUUUGGCUAACUUAAGGAAUUGCACAGCACCAAAAAUGGAGGAGGCUUCUUGUUAAACACCAGAUUGUAUUUAAAAUGGUGGAUGUUAAAGGAUGCUUUUGAAAAUAACCAGAUGGAUCAGUAUUUUUUAACAAAACUGACAGUUGGAAAAAGUCCAUUUCAAAGAUUCUCAGGAGACGGGGGGGCUGCGGUUUGUCAGUUGGGGACAUGAGAGAAAAUCCACAUUGAAACCAAAACACUGGUCUGAGUUUUCAGAACUUUUACUUAGUAAAUUAGAAAACUGUCUUUUGACAGAGUCACUGUAGAACUGGGGUUUAAUAUCGUUUUUAUUGCUUAGAUGGCAGAAUACUUAGUCUGUGUCGGUUCAUUGUCUACAGGUCAGUUUGACAACCUUCUUACGGUUUCAUCGCUCUUUUGGAUUCUAGAUUUCUGGUCAUUGAUCACCUGUCAACUUUAUGUUUCUCCAGGAUCACAGCAGUAUCACAGGUUUAAUGUUAGGACGGCUUCAUGCACCAUGUACAACAGAUUUCACUAAGUUUAAAAUGACAUUUCAUGGAAACCAAAGAAUUCAUGUUAUUCUAUCGUUUUGGUCGUCUUUAUUUAAAGAGCUGGAAAAAAGUGCCAAGUGGACGUUUGUUUGUUUGUUUGUUGCAGGGACUUCAGCUCUCAGAGAGGUUUUUUUUAAAUCUGCUUUUUAAAAUAAUUUGUUUGGAUAAUGACUUGAAUAAUUAUCAUGGCACAAUUGAGUCACGACAAGUGUAACCAGCAGAACCUGCUUUGAGCUCCCAAGCCUGUGAUGUUAUUAAGUGCAAAGGUGGCGUGUGUGUGUGUGUGUGUGUGUGUGUGUGUGUGUGUGUGUGUGUGUGUGUGUGUGUGUGUGUGUGUGUGUGUGUGUGUGCGCAGGUGGCAGUUUUCACAUGAGAGGUGGGGCAGAUUAAGUCGAAUUCCAUGGGCGGAAGUUGGAAUUUGAAAAACAGCAACUUGCAUUUGAAAGUAAACCAUGAGCCGCAGGAAAUUGGUGCACGCUGUGUGCAGUGUGGCGCUGACAAAAUGUGUCACCUUUCAACUGAGUUUUGAGGAUCAGUGUAGCUCGGGUCAAAUUGAACUUAGUGUAUUAAUUUGAUAGCCACCGUGGGAGGUUCAGCCGUUAAGAGACGGAUUCAAAGUUAACUUAGCUGCAUCCUGAUGGCUCAAACCAUUACAGCUUAGAUUCCAAAUUCUAAAUCAUGCAGACUAAUGAUUAACAUUAUGUUUGACAAGAUUGUGUAUUUCAUGUUUGACAGUUUUCUGGUUCCUGCUUUCUGAAAUACCCCCUGGUGGUCAGAGGUGGGUACAUCAGUAUUCUGCUGUUGUGUCUGAACUUAAUCUUAAUAUAACCUUUAACCAUACAAUUCAUUUACCAGCUGUCAUUUGGGUAUGAAGACCAUACAACAGUAAUUGCCCAACAUGCUUUGUUACAAAUUUUAAUGUUAAGAAAUUUUGGGCUCACCAUGAGGCUCAUCAGUUUAAAGUACUUAAGCACAAGUAACCGAGGAAGUGCCUAAUCCCAACUGGACUCUGGAGGAUUGUAUGAGGAAGGAGCUUUUCUUAUUAUCACUGAAAACUGGUUUAUUUAAAAGUGAUGUGUGACACAGGGAAAGCAUGGAGUCAUAUGUGUAUAAUUUAAUGUGCAUCUGGCUCUGCUUGUAUUUUUUUUUUUUUCUUUGACUGCAACAAAAACCUUGUUUGCCAAAGUGAACUGGCUUAUCAUUUCUAAGAGCAUGUGAUCUGCCAUGUUAUUGUGCCCGGGAUGAGGAAAUCAAUAAAAAUAAAAAAAAUGACA